UACCUUGAACAUACACUCCCCACUUCACCAUCCUCACUCUGCUUUCUGACUCCUCUACGAACAUCAUGAAGACCUCUCUGUGUCUCCUCUUAACACUUUUCUGUUACUACCACGCCACACUGGGUGCACCACCACAAUGGCUAAGAGAUCCCAAUUGUAGGACCCGUCCCACCGAUUUGCUGUUCAUUAUAGACAGUUCUCGUAGCGUCCGUCCGUCUGAAUUUGAGCAAGUUAAGCUCUUCUUGUCCCAAGUUAUUGAGUCUCUGGAUGUUGGAGCCAAUGCCACUAGAGUUGGUCUCCUCAACUAUGCCAGUUCUGUCAAAAAUGAAUUCUCCUUCAAAAGCCACAAGAACAAAGCUGCCCUUCUUCAAGCUGUCAAGAAAGUACAACCCCUCUCUACUGGGACGAUGACAGGGCUUGCCAUUCAAUAUGCCAUCAAUCAAGCAUUCACCGAAGCAGAGGGAGCACGGGUAAAAUCUCCUGAUAUCAGCAAGGUCGCAAUUGUGGUUACAGACGGACGCCCUCAGGAUGGUGUGAAGGAUAUAUCUGCACGUGCUAGAGAGAGCGGAGUGGAGAUCUUUGCAAUUGGAGUGGGACGUGUGGAUAUGACCACCCUGCGACAAAUUGCCAGUGAGCCAUUAGACGAGCAUGCGGAUUAUGUAGAAAGUUACAGUUUAAUUGAGAAGCUAAGCAAAAAGUUCCAGGAGGCUUUCUGUGCAAUGGCUGACCUCUGCUCCUCCGGAGAUCAUGACUGCCAACAAAUCUGUGUCAGCACUCCAGGAUCUUACACAUGUGCCUGCAGGGAUGGCUUCACAUUAAAUGAAGAUGGGAAGACUUGUAAUGCCUGUGGUGCCUCUGCCAUUGACCUAGUGUUUCUGAUUGAUGGCUCCAAGAGUGUGCGUCCAGAAAACUUUGAACUUGUCAAGCAAUUCAUCAACCAAAUUGUAGAUUCUGUGGAUGUGGGUGAGAAGAAAGCUCAUGUGGGUCUUGUUCAGUACUCCAGCUCAGUCAGACAGGAGUUUCCUCUGGGAAGAUAUAACAGCAAGAAGGACAUUAAGGCAGCAGUGAAAAAGAUGGACUACAUGGAGAAGGGAACCAUGACUGGCCAGGCCCUUCAAUACCUCAUUGACAACAGUUUUGCUAUCUCCAGUGGAGGCAGGCCAGGUGUGGCCAAAGUUGGCAUAGUUUUCACAGAUGGGCGCUCCCAGGAUUACAUCAAUGAUGCAGCAAUCAAGGCCAAGGAACUUGGAUACAAGAUGUACGCUGUAGGUGUAGGUAACGCUGUUGAAGAUGAGCUGAGGAUGAUAGCCUCUGAACCAGUGGCUGAGCAUUCUUUCUACACAGCUGACUUCAAAGCUAUGAAGGAAAUUGGCAAGAAACUGCAAGUGAAGAUAUGUGUUGAGGAAAACCCAUGUGAGUGUGAAGCCAUUGUCAAGUUCCAAACAAAGGUUGAAGAGCUCAUCCAGUCCCUAACAAGGAAGAUUGAAGCAGUAUCGAAGAGAAUCACUGCCCUGGAGAACAAAAUCAUUGCGUGAGUGCACUAUCGUCCAGAAGUCCAUGGCCUAUUUCAAAGCUCCUCCGGCCUCUUCUCCAUAACCUUUUGAUGUCACCAUUGAACACGAACCCCUCUUUCUCUGUACUGCUGCAUUGAUAUACAAAGCAAAA